AGUCAAACGGGCGGCGGCAGAAGAGGUGGUGGAAGCGGCAGUGAUUUGGCUGCGGGUUGGGAGAAGGGCGCUCAGCUGCUCCAAAGUCCCUCCUCGCCCCCCACCAUUGAGGGUCUCCCUUGAGUCUUACAAAAUGGCCGGCAGUCGCGACUACGCUAGUGAGCAGCUGAAAUGCUGGAAAGAGCAGCGGGGCUUACAGAAACCAGAUGCCUUAACAACAGGAGCAGGAAUUCCUGUGGGAGACAAGCUGAAUGUCAUGACCGUGGGUCCACGAGGCCCUCUCUUGGUUCAGGAUGUGGUUUUCACUGAUGAGAUGGCACACUUUGAUCGAGAGAGGAUUCCUGAGAGAGUUGUGCAUGCCAAAGGAGCAGGAGCUUUCGGCUAUUUUGAAGUGACUCAUGAUAUCACCAGAUAUUGCAAAGCCAAGGUAUUUGAGCAUAUUGGCAAAAGAACUCCACUCGCUAUUCGAUUUUCUACUGUUGCUGGAGAAUCAGGCUCAGCUGAUACAGUUCGUGACCCUCGAGGCUUUGCAAUGAAAUUCUAUACAGAAGAUGGUAAUUGGGACCUUGUGGGGAACAACACUCCCAUCUUCUUUAUUAGAGAUACAAUGCUGUUUCCAUCCUUUAUCCACACCCAAAAGAGGAAUCCACAAACUCAUCUGAAAGAUCCAGAUAUGGUCUGGGACUUCUGGAGUCUUCGCCCUGAGUCUCUGCACCAGGUAUCAUUUCUGUUCAGUGAUCGUGGCAUUCCGGAUGGACACCGUUUUAUGAAUGGCUAUGGAUCACAUACUUUUAAGCUUGUAAAUGCUAGUGGAAAAGCAGUGUACUGCAAAUUUCAUGCAAAGACUGAUCAGGGGAUAAAAAACCUUCCUGUUGAAGAAGCAGGAAGACUGGCUUCUGAAGAUCCUGACUAUGGUCUGCGUGACCUUUAUAAUGCUAUUGCUAAUGGAAACUAUCCAUCUUGGAGUUUCUAUAUUCAAGUUAUGACAUUUGAACAAGCCGAGAAAUUUCCAUUCAAUCCUUUUGAUGUAACUAAGGUUUGGUCUCACAAAGAUUAUCCUCUCAUCCCUGUGGGAAAACUUAUCUUAAACAGGAAUCCUGUCAAUUAUUUUGCUGAGGUGGAACAAAUUGCCUUUGACCCAAGCAACAUGCCUCCAGGAAUUGAACCUAGCCCUGAUAAAAUGUUACAGGGUCGUCUUUUCUCCUAUCCGGAUACUCACAGACAUCGUCUUGGACCCAAUUACCUUCAAAUUCCUGUAAAUUGUCCAUACCGAACUCGAGUAGCCAACUACCAGAGAGAUGGAUUUAUGUGCAUAUCUGACAACCAAGGUGGUGCCCCAAACUAUUACCCAAAUAGUUUUACUGGCCCAGAAGAUCAGCCCAAUUUUAAGGAGGCUCGCUCUUUUGUUUCGGGCGACGUGCAACGCUACAACAGUGCAAAUGAGGAUAAUGUGUCUCAAGUGCGAGACUUCUAUACCAAAGUGCUGAAUGAGGAAGAGCGUGAGAGGCUCUGUGAAAACAUUGCUUGCCAUCUUAAGGAUGCUCAGCUUUUCAUUCAGAAGAAAGCUGUGAAAAACUUCACUGAUGUUCAUCCAGAUUAUGGUGCACGCAUUCAAGCCCACUUGGACAGACACAAUGCUAAAGGUGGCAAAAAGGAUUGUGUUCAUACCUAUACACAAACAUCAAGCCAUGCUCCUGGAAAUGAAAAAUCUCAUUUGUAAAGGCCUGAUCUUUGAAUUCUGGUCCCCCUGGGAUUAGCUUUAUCGCACAGAAUUUACAUCCGUCCAACUGGAAAAUGAAUUAUAAAAGGCCAUAACAAAUGUGGAAAAUUUUCAUGUUUUAUAAAAUAGGCUGACAACUAUAAUUCAAAAACAUUCAGGUUUGCAUUUGUGAUUAAAAAUUAAUUGAAUGAUAACCACAUGAUUUGUAAUGUUACCUGUUUAGUCUUUUUAAAGCUGGAUCUAUAUUGGCAAUAACUUUUAAGGAGCAUUUCUCAAAUAUAUGGCUUUUCUUUAUUUUGCAAAUUAAUCAAGACAUUGCUUUGGUUUUUUAGUUUUCUAACUCAGAGGUGGGCAACUUGUGGCUCUCCAGAUGUCCUACAACUUCCAUCAGCCCUAGCCAAUGAGGAAUAAUAAUAAUUGUAGACAAAAAUAUCUGGAAGGCCACAACUUGUCCACUCCUGUUAUAAUUGAUCUUGCAUCCUAGCAGUUAGGUAAUGUUGCAAAUAUCUAGCUUUUACUGACAAUGCUGAGAUUAGUAUUUCAAGAAGAAUAUUAACCCCUAAUUCUGAAUUUAUUAGCAUUAAAACCAGAAACUUAUCAGAAAUACAUCAAUAUGCAAUUGCUUUUUUGAUUAAAAGCCAUAUUAACAAAUUUUAUUCACAAUGCAUUUGAAAGUUAUUCAUACAAUUCCUCUUGGAGGGGAAAUUAUAUGUAAGUACAAGUUUCAGCUUGUACUGGUGCUAAAAUGUAACUAUUGAAGCAGGAUGGAUUACAGCUGUGUAUUUAAAAGAGUGGAUUAAAAAUUUUUUUACAUCAUAUUGACAAUAUUUACUCCAAAAUAAAAUGAUUAGAAUAAAA